AUGUUCACCCAACAAUACCUCGUCAAUCAGGAAAUCCGCUUCCAGCAUCCGAACUCCCAAAUGCUAGGCUCGUAUCCCCUCAUUUGUACAUCAACCUCAUUCCUAUCCCCAUGUAUGCACAGUCCUAUAGAGAUGUGCGCUACACGUGCGACCUUCCACACUCUUCCGCAGCCCGGCGCUAUACUCGGCAUACCCUCCCAUGUCCUGUCCUGUCUGUCCGGUACUGUUGAGUUCACAUUCCUAUUUUCCUCACCCACACCGCAUCCUGCGCUGGAACUGCCAUCUACAUAUUAUAACAAGCACCAAUUCCCCCAGCAGCACCCCAGUGUGGAGCUCCACCCUCCUUACGUGAACCAGCUUCCAUCUCUUGGUAUCCAAUCCAACCAGCCGGAGCCUCCAUGUACACUUGAACCCGAAUAUCAACAGGACCAACAACCUCAAUAUGAAGUCAAGUUCGUGCACCGGGACAUCACAUUCACCGGCUAUGGUGUCCCGCAAUGUAUGUGGUGGGACCUCGGCGCUGCUGAGGCACCCCGAGCAGAAUAUUCAGAGCAGCCACGGGCAUUGGGUGUCAUAAAUGAAUAUCAGACACUGUUAUUAGCGCCAGAAUCGACCCCUGCUCUGAGCAAUGUUGAAGCAGAGUCCUCUGACUCCGCCGACUCAAACUCUUCAGAAGAUCAAACCAACCACAAGGAAGGAGUCGCUCCAACACGCGAGAAACAUGCCAAGACUGUCAGGAAGGCGCUGAAAGUUGGCCAGAUCGCAAUUGUUGGUCAAGUCAAAUAUAGGCCAUUUGAGACCAGAAAAGUCAAGGAAGAGAUGGUUUCAUGGAUGUCCAACAUCCGCCAGCUGUUCAAAGACUAUGCCAUCCACAACAUCCAGAAAGACUUAUCUUUGCAUCUCCCAAUCGAGCAGCAGGGCGCAGAGGUGCUGCACAAGAAAAUGCUGGUGUUGACGCUUCUCAACAGCCUCAACUUCUUGCACAAGUUUGAAUAUGACAACAGCGGCACAUUAGUGUGUCACAUGUUCGAGGCAGAGUGGUUUGUCAACAUGAUCAUCGACGUCAUAUAUCUCAACGGGCUUUACCAAUACGUAACUUCGACUCUGUGUUCGGCCUCACCAGGGCUGCAGCGCAUAACGCACUCAGUUGCUUCAAAAAAGGAUGACGUGAAGAGGCGCAAAUACCUCUUUGACACCAUGGAGACUAUUCCCUGUGUCAAGCGCAAUUGGGCACUCAAAUGGAUCUCUUAUCAAUGUUCUACUUUUGGUGAACACUUAGUCGCAUUUGCUGCCAUCGAAGGCAUCUUCUUCUCAGGGAACUGCACGGGUAUACCCCCGGGUACCAGAGGUCAUACCCGCACCCGUACCCGGCAAAAACCCGUACCCGCACUGGGGGGUACGGGUUUUGCUGCGGGUAUUGUUAUCUCGGACCCGUACCCACACCCGUCAGGGGUUUACCCGCGGGUACCAGGGUAG